AUGCACCGCCACCUCGACUUCCGCCUCGACGAGCUGCAGUCGCUCGCCGUCCUCGCUGGCGUGCAGCCGCCAGCUCAUCACGCCGCGCCACGUCACGAUGACGUGGAAUUGCAGCCGCCUGCCGGCUCGGCUUUAUCUGAGGGAGAGCGGGGCGGAGAGAAGCGGAACGAAGGGGAUCGGGUGGUCGAGGGAGUGAGGGGAGACGAAGGCAGCGAGGAGAUGAGGCGGGGAGAAGGGGGCAGUGAGAUGGAAGGACGGGAGGAGUAUGAGAUAUCAGGGGGAGGCGGGAGUGAAUGGGAGCCAGUAAGAUGGAGGAAGCCACGUGGCGAUCACAUGGACUCGCCGUUCUUCUACGUGGAUCUGCCGUCUGAUGACGUGGCGAGGCAAAUUGCCGCUAGAAGCCUGCUUAUAAAGGGGAUAUUCGACAUAUGGGCAGAGGCCCCGACCUACGAGGCACUAAAGCCGCAGGUUGAGGCGAACAUCACCACCAAGAUCGCGCCCUUCACAGCCCCCGGGUCCACGUUCAAGAUCGUGGUGGACGGCUUUGGGAAGAUUUUCUCCAUGGACGAGCAGCGGGAGCGCAUGGAGCGAUUCACAUACAUCCCCUUCCAGGUGAUAGAGCAGGCGGCAGACGGCACCAACAACACCCCCUCCACCCCACCCCCUCCUUCCGUCCCCCUGGCGGCUCUCGUUACCCUCACUUUAACCUACCUGCCCCAAUCAUACGGCAAGGUGAAGCUGGGCUCGCCCGACUACAAGUUCUGGGUGAUAGAGCAGGCAGCAGAAUGCACCAACAACGGCCUCCCACCCAACAUGCCCUUGCGCGUGUUCAUUGGCCGAGAGCCCCUCCCUCCUUACCCACAGGUAGCCCCUCCCUCCUUACCCACAGUUGCUGUUGCUGUGCUUCCCCCCUCCCUCCCCCGCCCACUCACAGGUGGCAGUGUCAGACCACACAGUGGCAACAAAGUGGCAGUAUCAGACCGCACGGUCGCCACCAAGUACGAGUUGAGUCGCCGGCGCUACUUGGGUCCCACCGCCAUGGACGCUGAGCUGUCGCUACUCAUGGCCAAUCAGGCACUGGCGCGGCGCGGCACGCUCAUGUACGACCCGUUCGUGGGGACAGGGAGCAUCCUGGUGGCUGCUGCUCACUUUGGCGCCGUCACUCUGGGAGCGGACAUUGACAUCCGGGUGGUGCGCGACGGCAAGGGCCCCAAUCGGGACGUGUGGGCCAACUUCCACCAGUACUCGCUUCAACCACCAGUGGGCUUGUUGCGGGCAGACAACAACUGCCCUCCCUGGAGGCAAGACUUAAGAGAGAUGUUCCAUGCCAUCGUCGGUGACCCUCCCUACGGCGUCCGGGCAGGCGGCCGAAAGUCGGGCGGGAGGAAAAUUCUCAACGGGGUGACAGAUCCGUACGCCAUAGCAGACAACUUGAAAGCUGCCCACAUUCCCUCCACCGCCCCUUACUCCCUGGAAGAGUGCCUCCACGAUCUUUUAGACACGUCUGCCCGUCUGCUCGUCAUUGGUGGGCGGCUUGUUUAUUUCUACCCUGCUGCCCGAGAGGAGUAUCUGCCCGAGGAAAUUCCGGGGCAUCCGUGCCUGAAGCUGGUGGCCAAUAGCGAGCAGAUUCUGACCAAGCGGUGGAGCAGGCGGCUUGUGACUAUGGUGAAGGUUGCUCCGUACAGCGGUGACAUGGCAGCUGCACACGUGGCGGCGCAUGAGUGGUUCAGGAAGAAGCAGAUAGAGGAGAGUAGGAUGAUGAGGGAAAUGGGGGAGGCAGGGGAGCAAGCACUAGAUGCUGUGGGAGAGAGGAGUGUGGCUACAGCCGCUGUGGUGGAAAGGGGAGAGGGAGAGCUGGCUGCAGUGAAGGGGGAGGUGAUAGGAGUAAAAGCGGAAUUAGUGGAAGCGAAGGGGAAAAUGACUGGGGUCAAAGGGGAGGUGAUUGGAGUGAAGAAAAUUCUGGGAGGAGUAAAGAACGAGGUAACUGAAGUCAAAAGGCAGUUGACUGGAGUGAAGGAACGGAUGGUGGAGGUGAAGGGCCAGGCGCUGAGAAGCAGCGGCAAGGCAUGCGUUGAGAAGCAGUUGAUCGAGCUAGGAUCAGCAGUGGCUGCAUUGCAGAAGAAUGAGCUCGCAGACACGGGCAUGGAGCAUGUGAAGCAGCUGACGGGGCUGAAGAGGCUGGAGUUGAAGGACUGUAGAUUGGGUGAGAGGGGGAUAGCGUGCCUGGAGAGCCUACCAGGGCUUGAGAGGAUUAAGACUAACGUGGGUACGCUUCUGGCGUUGGACAUCGGUGUGCUUCCGGGGGUAGUAAUUGCCAAGGAGCAGUGCAUUCUGUUUGAGCGCUGA